GGCGGAAGUGACCCCCGCGACCGGAAGUCCUGUUCCGAGAGGAGGCUGAGGACCCCGGAGAGGCCGAGGCGGGCGCUGGUAGACAUUUCCCAUGGAUGAGCUGGUGCAUGACUUGGCCUCGGCCUUGGAGCAGACCUCAGAACAAAACAAGCUGGAUGAGCUGUGGGAAGAGAUGGCCCUGAGCCCACGGCAGCAGCGGCGGCAGCUUCGCAAGAGGAGGGGUCGUAAGCGGCGCUCAGACUUCACGCACCAGGCGGAGCAUGCCUGCUGCUACAGUGAGGCUUCGGAAUCAAGCUUGGAUGAAGCCAUGAAGGACUGUCGUGAGGUGUUGACUGCCAACUUCAGUGACUCAGAUGACAUGGCUGUGGCCAAACGCCACCCAGCUCUGAGUGCCACCCUAAAGAGCAAGCAGCAUUCUUGGCAUGAGUCGGACUCCUUCACGGAAAAUGGACCCUGCCGACCCCUCAGGCGUCGCCGGAAGGUGAAACGUGUGACCUCAGAGGUAGCUGCUAGCCUCCAGCAGAAACUCAAGGUGUCAGAGUGGAACUAUGAGAGAGGCUAUAGGUUCAAGUCAGCCAAGAAGCAGCGUCUGUCACGCUGGAAGGAGAAUGCCCCUUGGACUUCAUCCAAUCAUGGCCUGUGUGAGUCAGUAGAGAACAGGCCCUUCCUAAGUAAAGGCGGGAGGAAGGAGAGGAUGGAGUGUGAAGCGGAUGAACAAAAACAGGGUUCUGAUGAAAACAUGUCUGAAUGUGAAACCAGCAGCGUAUGCAGCAGCAGUGACACUGGCCUCUUCACCAAUGACGAAAGCCGUCAAGGGGAUGAUGAGCAGAGUGAUUGGUUCUAUGAGGGAGAAUGUGUCCCAGGAUUCACCGUCCCCAACCUACUGCCCAAGUGGGGAGCAGAUCACCGGUCUGAGGUGGAGCGAAUGGACUCUGGCCUGGAAAAACUCUCCGACUCUACGUUCCUUUUGCCCUCCCGGCCUGCUCAGAGGGGGUUUCAUGCUCGUCUGAACCGCCUUCCAGGAGCUGCUGCCCGCUGUCUCAGAAAGGGACGUAGGAGACUCGUUGGCAAGGAGACCAGCUUGAGCACUCUGGGCAGUGAGAGGAUGGGUCACAUCGUUAGUGACCCACGUCAAAAAGAAAAGAACAAAGUGCUGGCUUCCGAUUUCCACCACAUUGUGGCCUGUGCACAUGAGUUCAAUCCGUUAUCUCCUUUGUACUCUCUGGAUGUUCUUGCUGAUGCCUCCCACAGAAGAUGCUCACCAGCACACUGCACUGCCAGACAGACAAAUAUACACCUGGGACCGCCCUGCUCAAGGGAUAUCAAGAGGAAACGAAAGCCAGCAGCAGCUGCAGCCUCUCUUUCCAGCCCUACUUCAGCAGCUUUACCUGUCCACAUGGAUGCAGCAGACUCAUCCCUGCCAGCGACACAGUCCCAGAGGUGCCAGAGCUCUGACUGGACGGGCAGAACCCAGGCAACAGAGAAAUCCACUGCUGCUGCCCCAGCUAACUUCUUUAAAACACCACAAGAGAAGGGCUCUGGAUACAGCUAGAUGGAGGUGUCUCUACUCGGAGCUGGUUGCGUUUAUGAAAUGUUGGACUUCGAAGUACAUCAGCACUGAACGUCUCAUUUGGCAAUAACCAUCUCAUCAGUGUUGGUGCGUGAUGCUCACCGUCCUCCAGCUGUGUGCCCCACACAUCCCCAGAUCAUGUUUGUGAAUCUGUGUAAAAAGUAACUGGUGAUGUUGGGGCUGCAGCUUUUUUAAAGCAUUCCUGCUAUUGCUGUGAGUACUUAUUACACACGCAUCUCCUGUCCCAGCACCUGUUGUUAUCUGCUGGGAUGUGUACAGAGCCUUGUGGUUUUGCAGGUGUUGGUCUUUGUUAUGAAGCUGGUCACCACUUGGGCAUAUUGUUUGUUGCAAAGGGUUGAAUAUAACAGGAAAAAGUCCUACUGCGGCUAUGCAGAGGCAAGAAUCUGUCUUUGGCAAGCAUAAGGACAGAAACAAAGGCCAGCUUAGGAUUCCUGGUCAGGAGAGGAGGAGGGGAACAGCAAGUGCAAACAAGGUUUGAAAUGUGGGACUUGAAUUCUGUAUUAGCAAAACACCUAUAGGCCUCUCACUGAGGGACUUGGCAGUCAAGAUGUUGUUUCUAAUGAAACAAAUGUGGUGCUGGUCCUGUCAGGAAUUGCCAGCGGCUCACUAUCAGCAUGGUCCUUCAGCGCUUUUUGUCCUUCCUUGUUUGGAGUGUCUUUAGUCUUGCCCUGUGAAUUGCAGUAUUCUUUCCUUAUUCCUCAUCCUCUCCAUUUAUGCUGCUGGACAAGGGGUGGCAGAACCAAUUAGACAAAAAUGUGCAGACUGGAGUUAUGAGAGGAAGCUUGGAUCAAGUUGCCCUAAAAUAUCCUCUGAGAAGUCUUCAUUGGGGAGAUGACAGAGAGGAAAUAUUGGAAUACGGUCCAUGGGCAUCCAGCUUCAGAAGCUACUGUAAGCAAUCCCGAGGACACUUGAAGUUAAAGUCCAUGUUCCACUGUGUACUAAAAGUUAUAUAGAGUAUUAUCUGAGUUCAAAGCACUCUCUAAAGAUUGAACCACUUCCCCUGUCUCACAUUCUUCCUAUCUUCCUCAAAGCUUAGUGUUCUGAAGUAUAUAUAAGUGGGGUUCCCCUCUAUCUCCAGAGUAUACAUGGAAGGGGUCUCCCUCUAUCACUGAUUGUACUCUGCUCUGUAGUAUAUAUGGGAGGGUGUCCCUGGAUUUCCAGUUGUACUCUGCUCUGUGGUAUGUAUAGGAAGGGUUUGCCUUCUCCACCUUUCCUUGCAUCCCUGAUGGCAUUUACUCUGCAGUAUAUUGGAGAGGGUUCUUUUCUCCCCACAACCCUUUCCCUUUAUCCCUGAUUGCUCUUCAGUUUGCAGUAUUGA